CGUGGAGUGAGGUCGCGCGCUUUGCUAACUGCAUUACGUGUCACCGCCGCUCGAUUUUAAUGAAAGUUACGUUGAAUACCUACGGAGUGAAUCGUGCCUAGUGAAUUACCUGGCGUAUCAGAUUCGACUUUUGCAUUGAAAUACCUAAUAUAAAAUGUCGAAGUCUUGCUCUGCGUGUGAUAACCUGGUUAAAUCUAGCGAGCGAAAAUCUUGUACAGUGUGUGACAGUCAUUAUCACUUCCAAUGCUUGCGAAUAUCACCGGAAAACUUUGCUAAGGAGUCAAAGACACAUAAAGCUUCCUGGAAAUGUCCUCAAUGCAGAGCGGCUGAAAAACGCGGCGACAACGCGAACACCCCUGUGAGACAGCCGGCAGCGCCGGCGCAGACUUCUUCAUCAUCACCGCCAGCUAGCUCACCGGACUUGACGAAACUUCAAGAAUAUAUAACGAGUUCUUUUGAUCGCUUUAAGAGCGAAAUGUUAAAAGAAGUCAGCAUCAAAUUGGAGGCCCACUAUAAAACUCUCACUGAGAAAACUACAAAAAUUGAAGAGUCCAUUAAUUACUUAAGUGGUCAAUAUGAUGCGGUACUUGGCAAGAUGACGACCAUGGAGAAAAAUAUUAAAACCCUGGAGCAGCAGCGUGACCAACUUCUACAGGAGAAUAGUUCCAUCAGGAAUAGAUUGACCUAUCUGGACGCCAAGGUGGAAGACCUCGAGACGAGAGGGAGAUCCUGCAAUAUUGAGAUUAGAGGCAUCCCGGAAACGGACAAUGAGAACUUACCAACAAUUAUGGAAAAAAUCUGUAAUUUAAUCGGAAUGAACUUUGACCUCUCUGAAUAUCAAACCUUUUUUAGAACUGGGAAAUCUAUGCCAGGGAAAGUGCGUCCGAUUGUUGUUAUAUUUAAAAGUAAUUUGAGAAGGAAUGAUUUGUUGCGCCUAACGAAGGAAUACAAUAAAAAAUGUAAGGAUCAAAGCACUAGACUAAAAACGGACUACUUAAAUCUUAACUUGAAUUCACAGGCCUUCUAUAUUUCUGAGCAUUUAACACUCGCAGCAAAGCGCCUGCUCGCUUUGAGUAAACAAGCCGCCAAAAAAAAUAACUAUAAGUACUGUUGGUUCUCUAACAAUAAAAUCUUUGUAAAAAAGCAAGAGAAGUCAACACCUAUCAUAAUUAAGUCAGAAGAUCAAAUUAACAAAAUCAUAUGACUAGCUUUGCGAGUAUGGGUAAGUAAUACCUACAUUAAUUACUGUGUUUUAAGGUUUUUAAACAUACCUACCUUGAUAAAUUAUUUCAGUCUAAGUGCGUACCUACGUUUUUAUCUGUGCGACAGUGUUUUAUUGAAAAUAUUAUAUUACUAUAAUAAUAAUAAUAAUAUUAGCUAUGCAUUAACCAACGAUCUUGUUACUUUUUAUAAGUCUAGCAUUGCAAACACAAAAUGGUGGCAUACUUUUAGUAUUCAAAUUCAAUACCUUGCAACAAUUCUCAACUGAACUGGAUGAGUGCCAGAAUUCAGACCUUUGCAUUAGCACAGACAACUUUACUGAAUGUAGUAAGUAUAUUAAUGUGAAAAAUUCACUUAAAAUAAUAUCAUUAAAUAUUAGAAGCAUUCAUAAAAACUUUAACCAAUUGUUAGUUUCCCUAGAACUUCUUAAAAUAGCAUUUGACAUAUUAAUUCUUACCGAAUGUAGGAUUAAGCAUCAUACGUCCAAUCACAACCUACCCGGUUAUAAGUCGGUGUCCACCAAGAUAAAUCCAGUUCAAAAUGAUGGUGUCAUUGUUUUUAUUAGAGAUACUAUUGUCUAUAACUAUACAGAACUAGUGGUUUUUGGGUCCAAUUGCUUACAAAUUGAUUUAAAUGAUGAGCUCACUCUCAUUGCCCUGUACAGAUCGCCUUCUUGCAGUAACAUCGAAAUUUUCCUCGACUCCCUGGAUCAUAAACUUAAGCAAAUAGGUCGGUCGAGAAAUAUAAUAUUAAUGGGUGACACGAAUAUCAAUAUUAUUGGCAAUGUACACCCUCAGUCAAACGAUUAUCUAGCACUCUUAGCCCUUCAUAAUAUAGACGUUGGCAUCGAUGUACCUACCAGGGAUAAUAGUUGUCUUGAUCACUGCAUGGUUAGAUUAAAAAGAGAUAAAACAGCUAAAUUUGCUGUGUUAAAAACUGAUAUUACUGAUCACUAUCUUACUUUUUGUAGUGUGACCUCAGAACAAAAAUAUUCUAACCCUGAACAACGAAAGCUUCCUUUCCAGAAAAGAUGUAUCGACUAUGAACAGCUCCUCAAAGAUAUAAGUAGUCAAUCGUGGAGCGAAGUUUGUAAAGAAACAGAUGUUGACAAAGCCUUUCAACUAUUUCACGAUAUUCUUAGUACACAUAUAAGCAAUAACUCUACAUUCAAAACAAUACCUCACUCUAAAGUUAAAUUGAAACCUUGGAUUACGGAUGGACUUCUUAAGUGUAUUCAAAAAAGGAACAGACUUCAUAGAAUGCACAAAAAAUUUCCUAGUGAAUCUAUUGUUAAAGCCAAUUAUUUAAAGUAUAGAAACAUUUGUAAUAGAAUAAUAAAAGAAACAAGAGAAAAAUACUUUAGGAAAAAAAUUUACAAACACUCAGGGGACUCUAAAAAAAUAUGGGAAAUUCUGAAUGAAGCUUCUAAUCGAAAAACUAAACAAAAGUUGCCAAUUAAGGAAAUGUUAAUAAACAACAAAAUGGUAAAUUUUUCGUCUGACCCAAAUAACAUAACAAAUGCUCUUAAUAGUUUUUACUGUUCAGUAGGACAUGACCUUGCUAAAAAGCAUCUACACAAUAUAGGGGUUACAGAGCAAUACCUAUGCAACAAAAUUAAUUUCUCCC